AGCAAGCGACCGUCAAUCAUCGGAGCAGACGAAGCGAAACAGAACCGGACGCGUAGGUGAUGAAUGGGACAUCUUGGGUUCUUGGUUCUUGGACAAGCUAGCUGUACAGCGCAGGAGUUGGCUUCAUGGCUUGAGCGAUCGAGGCUGAGAGAGGCUGCAGGGGCCAGGAACGCGACGUGGCGGACAGAAAUGCCAUCGUCGCCGUUGCAAUCGGUCGACCAACUUGCGACCUAGCUAGAGCUCGAUCGGCCGAUCUGAUCAUGCCAUUGCUAAAAGCCGUUUAGAUUAGGCCAGAAGCCAGACACUGCUGCUGAUAGCUGCGUCUAAUAAUAUUCUUUUGGGCUCUGCAGGUGCCUCCUGGUACGCCGGUGCCCAUGUCCGGAUCGGAGCUUUGUCCGUGCGCAUGGCAGGAAGGGGUUCGUGCGUGGACACCGAUCGAGCGGCCAGCGCCCGGACCCUUGCUGGAGUGACGGUCGAGGUCAUCAACCACGCGGCGCGGCGCGGCAUCGGCAUGCAUGCCACGCCACCUGCAGGCCGCUGCGCGCGGGCCUUGCGGCGUGCAGCUAGCUAGCCCGCCGUGCGGGCACCGGAGGGGGGAGUACGCCGUGAUGACCGGAGUCCGGAGGAGGCCAGCCAUGACCAAAGAAUAGAAAAAAAGUUUGCAUAAUUCAGUGAGGCUGCUAACUAGCCGCCAGGAGCCCAGCCCAGAUUACGCCCCACGGCAGGAUCCAACUGUGGGUAUGAGUCCAGAAUACAUGUCAUUCUGUCAGAGCCCGCGUCGUCAGUCAAAACAGCAGCAAAAACAAUUUCGGGGAAUCAUAAUGAUGGAAGAAAAAAUAUGGUUUUCUUCAGGAUUUGAUUCUUGACCAUACAUAGACACUCUGACUAAUCAAUCAAGCUUAUUGCCUGCCAAUGAUCCAUUCAUCCAUCUUCCUCCCUUCCUCUCUCUGGUCAUAUUGUGCCCACUGCAGACUGCCAUCGUCUAUCUCUGACUCUCUCCAUUGGCAUGUCGCAGCUUUCCAAUAUCAGGCAGGUGUAGAGAACUAGUACUAGGCAACUAGCUAAGCAAGCAAGCCAUCGAAGGUUCUCCAAGGAGAGAGCAGAGACCAGCAGAGUGAACUGGCCGCCUAGCCUACAUGUCCCUCGUUCUCCUUCUCCUGUUCCUAUCGAUCCCCCAUGCAACCUUCUGCGCCAACGCCGCCGCCGGCGGGUGCAACCGUCAGCGCGGCGGCACGAUCGUCCCCUACCCCUUCGGCUUCUACGGCGACUGCCCCAUCAUCCUGGCCUUCAACCAGACCGCUGGCGCGGCGCUACUCCCGCGCGGCGCCGCGGCCGCGCCGUACCCGAUCCUGUCCUUCGACCCCAACGCCUCCACCUUGGUCGUCGCCGUCGCGCCCUCCUGCGACCGCACCGUCUCCGAGACGCGGGCGUCGCUCAGCGGCGCCGGGUACGGCGUCUCCUCCCGCACCGGGAUCUUCGUCCGCGGCUGCGGCGGCGCGCCGGCGGCCGCCUCCAACUGCACCGUCCCGUCGGAAGUCAUGGCGAAGCUGCUCCGCAAGCCGGGGUGCGGCGGCGGCAACGGCACCGCGGCCUGGACGUGCGUGGCCUCGGCGCCGCCGGACCCAGGCAGCGCCGCGGCGGCGCGGGGCGAGGGCCAGUUCAUGCGGUGGGGCAGGGUAGAGGCCGCCGGGUGCGAGGACGCGCUCACGGCGGCGGUGUACGCGGACACGCCGCGGGGGGUCCCGUCCGUGGAGUUCGGCGUCGCGGAGCUGGGGUGGUGGCUCGACGGGAGGUGCGACGCGGCCGCGGACGACGCCACCAACGGCAGCCGGUGCGCGGCGAACGCGGCGUGCCGCGACGUCGUCACGCCGGACGGGGCGUGGGGGCACCGGUGCGCGUGCCGGGACGGGAUGCUCGGCGACGGGUUCGUCGCCGGCGAGGGGUGCCACUUCGGCGCGCCGGCGGCCGGUGAGUGCUCCCUUAAUCAUUGCUGCUCUAGCGUCAUCGUGGAUGCAUGCGUGCCGCAGUGGGUUACUGGGUUUCUACUCUCUAGCGGUGCUGGUGUGGGUAAGUGGGGGCCAGUUCUGCCACGUCAGCCGCACCCGGCCCGGAAGUCUUCGCGGCGGUCGAUCAUGCGGGAGCUAGCUAUUCAUAGUUCACUCACUAAACCACCAAGCUAUGUCCCUUUCGGGGGACUCUAUCCCGCCAAGGUAGCUCUAUUCCGUCACCCUAGCUGACAGCAAUCUCAUCAUGCGAUCCACUGCCACCGUUAAGCUAACCUUCCUUUCUGACCUUUAAUUUUCCUUAAAACUUUCAUGACUUCGCGUUGAACUCCAAAUCUAACCCAAACCUAUACUCCAAUCUCGUACUUCGCUGUAGUUAUUAGGACAGUCUCAAUGCAUAGUUUUAUUGUACAAUUACUAAGAUUCAGUAACCAAAUCGGAUGAGUACACUAGGAUGAAAGUCCUCUCUCUCAUCUCAUGAGACUCUCCCUGCUCGAUGAUCCUACUAUUCCAACAAAUUUGCUAAUGUGAUAUAAAAUUUAAUAUUUAUAAAAUUUCUCGUGAACCCCACUGAGACUGGUCUUAGCAUGAUCUGAGAUAUCAUCGAAAGAGUUCAAUUUCCAAUAUCAACCUUUUCAAAAAAUUUAAAACUUCAUGAAACGACGAGAUGUUAGCUUGGAGAGAAGUUAAAAUACAGUAACUGAUCAUUAAUCCCCCCCGCUUGAUGACCGGAGAAGGCCCAGCCUUGGCAGCGAAUUGAAUUGAAUAACUCGGUGGUAGGAGCCCAGGACUCGGUAGGACUCCUACGCAUGCCAGAGCAGCCAUGAUCAGGGAAAGGCAAG